CCUCCAGGCAGGAAGAGGCUCCCAAGGUACUAGAGAAUAGGUCCACCUUAACAGGGCAGCCCUGGGCGGGGCUCUCCGGAUGCCACUGGCCCAGAGGGCAGCCCAGGACCGUGAGCAGGGCAGCCAACCAGCACUGGAUUCCUCAUACCCUGUCUGCAGCCAGUACCAUGAUCCAGGGUGCCCAGGCGGGUGGGCCCCUCUGGGGCUGGGAUGGGGACGGUGAUGAUGACUGGGACGGCGCUGCGCUUGGUCUGCUGGCUCUGGCUGUGGUGGCUGCCACAGCACUGGCUUUGCAUUGGUUUGGCUCAGGACAGGAUCAGGAAGUGGCAGGACCCAAGUCCACAGUCGGGGGGACCCAGUCUACUCAAGAAGGCAGGUUGGUUCUGCAUCCAGAGUCCAAGGUCAGUGGUGGCAGCAAGGGAGACAGAGAAGGGCAGAAGAAGCCUCACCCUCCCAGACCCAGUCAGGGGAGCCUGGCUAUGUCUGCGGCCCAGGACCAGGAACCCCUCGUUGGCAGAGUUUUGGCUGUCACAGCUGGACCUCCGCUCAGUACUCUUGGAAAUGCCACCAGUGGAGGGACCUUGGGAGAGCCGUGUGGUAACACCACCCCAGAAGCCCAGCGAGGUGAAGGAAGGGCGCCCCCCAGGCCAGACACUGCUAUCCCGGGUAGGAGCAAAGCAGGGGCGACACCUGCUCCCCUCCUGAUCCACUUCACCCUUCGGAGUUCUGGUGGCGAAGCUGAACUGCAGGCGGGGGCAGGUGGUGCCGGUACUAACGGGCCAGCUCGCCGGGCCCCUAUCCACAGAGAGCAACAGGACACCAACCGCUGGGACCUGCCUGGCUCUCUGGGGACAGUCCGCCGCAGCCGGCGACGUCAGGCCGACGCUGUCUCGGGAGACCGAACCUGCCAUCCCCCAAAGCCCGACCCCCUCCGCCUGGGCGCUGCGGUGAGUGUGUGGGAUGCCAUAGACGCGGCGUCCGCCGCUGCAGUGGACGCAGGCUCCCGGUGGUCGGCCUCAGCCCAGGGUCCGGCCCAGCAGGCACUGCCCCAGGCCCAGCCCGCGCUAACGGUUCCCGGGACAAACCGCUCGGAGCGCGGGCGCGAGAAGUGCAGCCCCCAGGCAGCCCCAGCCCAGCCUCUGGGCGCCCAGGGCGAGGCUGGCCAGGCCACCGAGACCAGCGCCCUCGCCCCCCGGGAGGCUGCGGGCGUCCCGGCCCCGACGGAGGGCCGGCCCUGGGUCAGGAAAGCGGUCACCGCCACCAGUGACUUCAGCCGCGCCCUGGACUCGGCGGGCGAGGGGCCCGAGGAGGGAGUCAGCCAGGACCCUUCUGAGGGUGGAAAUGUCAGCGCGGCGCCAGCCUCCUCAUCAGAGCAAGUUUCCACUUCAGCUCCAACAGUAAUGCUAGCCCCUUCUCCUUCCAGAGCCCCACUCCCAGGGACAAACCCAUCACCAGCCGCAUCCGCAGCCUCAGCUCCGCCCACAGCCUUAGCCCCGGCCUCAAUCCCAGCCUCAGCGGCAGCCUCAACCCCAGGCCCAUCCCCAUCACCAACCUUACUCCCAGCCCCUGCCUUAGCUAGUGGGUCAAGCCCUGCGGCUGGAGAGUCCAAAGUGGGUCUCUCCAGGAGCUACCACGAAGGGCAGAUUACAAGUAGCUGGGGAAACCUUAUUGCCAUGGUUCUUAGAAGCCACCCCUUUCCCAGGCCAGAGAAGCCCAAAGGAUGCGCCCUAGGGGCAGUCCCUGUGAGCCCGGCAGGUCCCAGCUCUUUUACCCAUUCUGAACACAGACCAGGGGCUUCCCAAUCUGAAGGGGAAAUCCCCAACCUCCAGAACAGGCACCCAUCUUCUUUGGGGAUUGUCACACAGGUGGGAGGACUGGCCAAGACUCCAUGUCAGGCGCAGCCAGUGGGCUUUGAAACCCAUGGGAAGCCCACCCCUGGCCCACCUCUAGGCCCCAAAGAAAACAGAACCAAGGAGAAAAGUCUGGACUCACUGCCCUCAGCUGAAGUUCCUGGGGGACACACAGAGCCCUCUGUGCAGAUGCCGUCUGGCUCUGCACCACCCUCUGCUAUGAGGUGGGAUGCUCAGCAUAUCCCCAGACCACGGAAACACAGCAUGUGUGAAAUAGCCCUGAGCUCUGAGCAUCUGGUCAGCCAGGUGGCCCCAGGGCAGCACCAGGGUCAAGUGCUCAGGGAGGAGGCCAGCUCUGCAGGCCGCAGGGGAGUCCUCACAGAGAAGCAGAAAGAGGCCCAAAAACUCAUGGUUUUUCUGCAGAGGCCUGGGAGUUGGGGGAUGGUCAAGGGAUCCCAGAAGCCCCACUUGUGGGCCUUGGAGGCUGCCACAGCUGUUCAACGUCCCCAGCGGCUAGACCUGGGCAGCUGCCUGGAGGUGCUGGCCUUUGCCCAGCAGCAUGGGGAGCGUGGCCUAGCCCAGGAGACCUAUGCCUUGAUGAGCAGCAACCUGCUGCACGUGCUGGGCGACCCGCACCUCUACCGGCAGCUGAGUGGGGCUGAUCGGGAGCGCAUCCUUAGCCUGCGGACGGGCCAGGGUCAGGCCAUGCUGGGGGUCCUUGUACUGCCCAGACUCUACCAGGUGUGCCGUUCUGGGUUCAAGAAGAGCUCUCGUGGUGAGGAAUCUCCUGAAGCUCAGACUGCACCCCUGCCUCAUCGAACGUUCCUCCAUGUGUUCAACCCUCAAGAGAACGUUUGGCGGCCCCUGACCCAGGUGCCGGAGGAAGCCCCCCUCCGGGGCUGUGGUCUCUGCACCAUGCACAACUACCUGUUCCUUGCAGGCGGCAUCCGUGGCUCUGGUGCCAAGGCUGUCUGCUCCAAAGAGGUCUUUUGCUACAACCCUCUGACCAACAUCUGGAGCCAGGUUCGGCCCAUGCAGCAAGCCAGAGCCCAGCUCAAGCUGGUGGCCCUGGACGGGCUGCUGUAUGCUAUUGGAGGCGAGUGCCUAUACAGCAUGGAGCGCUACGACCCACGCACAGAUGCGUGGACCUUACGUGCUCCCCUCCCUGCAGGCACCUUCCCUGUGGCCCAUGAGGCUGUGGCCUGCCGUGGGGACAUCUAUGUCACAGGAGGUCACCUCUUCUACCGCCUGCUUAGAUACAGUCCUGUGAAGGACUCAUGGGAUGAGUGCCCCUACAGUGCCAGCCACCGGCGCUCCAGUGACAUGGUGGCACUAGGGGGCUUCCUGUACCGCUUCGACCUGCUGCGGGGUGUGGGCGCUGCAGUGAUGCGCUACAACACGGUGACGGGUUCCUGGAGCCGUGCUGCCUCCCUGCCACUGCCUGAGGCCAUCCCACUCCGUUGUACUGUGUUGGGCAACACCAUUUACUGUCUCAACCACCAGGUCACAGCCACCUUUGCAGUCUCUGAGGGGACUGCGCAGUUUCAGGCCAAGGAGCUGCAGCCCUUUCCCCUGGGGAAUAAGGGGAUCCUCUGUCCAUUCAUCCUGACUCUGCCCACUGCGGCCCGGCUGCAGACCUCACUCUGAUGCCAGUGGAGAACUGUAGUCCAGGGACACCUUUCAUCUGGGGUAGUCUGAGGGGGUGUGGGGCGUGGAGACGGGGCUGGGGUCAGGACCUUCUGCUCCAGUUUCUGGGACACCUUUCCUUCUAUGUUUGUCUCCUGCUGUAAAGGUUGCCACUUAUUCUGGAGUGAGAGCCCUUCCACCUCCCUUCUUACCCUCCCCACACCAUGCUGGAUCCUGCCCCUGGUCCUUACCUGCUUUGGAUGCCUCAGCUUGCUCCCAGGCUCCCAUCUUCCUGGGAAACUCCUGGGCCCAGAGCUAAAGAAGGAGAGGGAUGAAAGCUUAUUUGUGCUCCCUGUAUUCUGUCAGGUGGAAGUGGAGGCAAAGAGGUCCCCGGGAGAUGCCCUUGCCUCUGGAGCUUCUGCCUUUGAGAGCCUUUUGACUCUUUCCUCCUGAGUCUGACUGGGUGUGGAGCCCUGCACACGGCCCUGCCUAGACCUGACGGGACUACUCGGCUCCUCUGCAACUUGCAGGUCUCUGUGCCCUGCCAGGCUCCCAUCCCCUUCCCCCAGACUUCCCUCUAAAUGAACCCCUUUUUAGUUAUGUGGACUCAAAACAAUACAUUUAACCUCCCAUUUUCACCUUUUCUGUAAAAGAGGCAUAAUGGACACCUGUCUCUCAGGAGAGCCGAGAGAAUGUGAUCGUCAGUGGGCUACCUGGCACAGUACCUGGGGUACACAGCAUGAGAAAUGAAUGCUUUCUCUCCCUACCCACUUCAAAAUCCACAUGAGGCAGGUAAAUAAAUC